AUGGCAAAGAAACAAGCAGGAGAGAAUUCCAAAAAGGCCGCUGGAAACGCGCGUAAAGCAGAGCAAGCCAAUAAAAAGAAGCAUGAAGUACUUGAGCAACUUGAGCAAGAGGAAAGUUCCAAGUGGGAGCAAGGAUCAAAGAAGAGUAAUAAAAAACAAGAAGAAGAGCAGUUUAAAAGAGAGGAAGCAGCUCGUAAGAAGCAAGAGCGAGAAGCGUUAUUAGCUGCUGAAGAGGCAAGUAUGCCCUCCAAACCUGUUAGUCAGAAACAACGAGGAGCAGCUAAAGUAGCAGCUAAACGAAGUGGAAAAAUUGAUGAUUUCCUUGACUUUAAUAAAGAUACUCCGGAAUUGAGUGCAACUGGGUUAGACAAUGCGUUGGAAGCGUUGGCAUUGACUGGUAAGGAUUCUGGUGUUUCGUCAAAGGACAUUGAUAGACACCCUGAGAGGAGGGUCAAAGCUGCAUAUAAUGCAUAUGAAGAGAAGAGAUUGCCUGAGAUUAGAAAGGAGAAUCCUGGGUUGAGGUUGCAACAGAUUAAGAAUCUUGUAUUUAGAGAGUUUCAAAAGCUGAGUGAAAACCCAAUGAAUCAAAUUACAAACAUCAGUUAUAAUGCGAACCAGGAAGAGUUGGAGCAGAAGAAGAAACAGGUGAGGGAACAUAAGGAGAAGAAAUUUACUUGA